GCGCGCCAGGAGAGGCACCUUGCAGCGCCCCGUCUCUCUGGUCAGCCCCAGCAUCCAUGGAAGCCCUCGGGGUUGAGUCUGUGCCCUCCUACAAGUGGUGGUCCAUCUUUAACAUCCUGUGCUGCUGUCUGCCCCUGGGGCUGGUUGCUCUCUACUACUCGGGACAGGUGGAGGAACGCCUGAGCCGCCGUGAUGUUGACGGAGCACGUGCCGCCUCUAACACUGCAAAAAUCAUCAACUGCGUAGCGCUGCUGCUGGGGCUCGUGGUCAUCAGCGUGGUCAUCUUCUAUUGUGUCAAAUACCAGCAGAUGCUCAGCAGGCUAUGAGCACAGGCCACCAUGAUAGUCUUGCGUUGAAAGCUUCAGCUGAACCCAGGCACGCGGGGCAGGGGUGUAGGACUCUGCGUCUGUGAAGUCUGUGUUGAAAUGCUGCUUGGUUUGGCUGCUUUCUCUUUCCUGAAUUUAUUGGUAGUUAGCAAGAGCUUUGCUGGAGGAAGGACCUAGGCUCUCGCACGCUAGUGUUGCAGGGCCAUGGAUUUAGGUGCUUGGGGUGGAGUCCCCAGUGAGCACCCCUCUUCCCUAGGCACGCUGCCUUGCCUGGACAAGACGCGUUCACAAGCCCUCAAGUUUGGGGAGAUCUUUUGUGGGGUGGGUGCGUGCACGUGGGGGAAUUGCAGACUGGGGCAAUGGGUUGUCAAACUGGAGUUUGUGCUUGCCUCUUUUUCUUCUUUUUCCUUCUCCCCUCUGUGAUAGCUCAACGCUGCAAGCCGCUGCUUAUCGUUGUGUGAGAGCAGUGUACGCUCAGUGCAAGGCCGGACAAAUUGCACUUCAGUUGUUUGCUUGAGACGUUGCUCUCCCUGCUGGUUAUUGUGUUGUCCUAAAUAAAUGGCUUAUUAGUAAAAACCUGCCUUGACUUCUCGGUGUGUAACUUCCUGGUUUUAUGGUCAGGCUUGCCUGAGGACGCAGGCCGGGGCUGCUGGGGAGCAGCAGGGGAUAAGUGACUUGUGCAAAGAGCAGGUACUGCCUGACCAGAGAGACCCUGCCCAGACCCUGGCUCCAGCCCUGGCCAGCAGCACGGAGGGAGCUCGCUCUGGA